AUGCCCGCCGGACUCAAACGCACAUACAGCACCCGCGCAGCGAAACCCGCGCCGCCCUCAUCUCCACCUUCCGAGCUCACUUCCCCGCCUCCGCUCAAACGGAAGCGGCCGCUCGCCGAUCGCCUCACAGGAACCAACACACCAUCCAAGAAGCCCCGUCGCGCCCUGGGCGCGUCUACCUCGAAGGCGAAGGCGGGCGACACCUCUGCAGCCACAAAACCGAAGCAGGGCAAACUCACGCAACUACACUUCUCCUUGGACACCCCGACGCUGCGCACAUGUCCGCUCUGCGACCUCUCGUACACACGCGGCGCGCCGGACGAUGAGACGCUGCACAAGGCGCAUUGCGCGCGCGUCCAGCGAGGGCUCGAGUGGGGACGCGAGGAACAGCGCGAGGCGGAGAAGGCGGGCGUUGAGGAGCUCGAGAGCAGCGUGAAGCUUCCAAACGGCGCUCGCGGACGGAUUGUGUGUUUCCGCCCGGACGUCGGCGGAAAAAUUGGAGCGAAGCUCGCGAUCCUGCUGGACACGAUCCGCCUGGCGCUCUCGUCUCCGCCGCUAUCGCCUGCGGUCCUUCAACGAUCGAAGAUAUACCUCUUCCUUCUGUCUACACCAGGCACCACUACGACGCGCGAGAAGAUCGUCGGAUGCGUCGUUGCGCAACGCAUAUCCACCGCUAUGGCCAUCGCUAACCCCGCCGAGCUCUCCCAGUCCUCAUCCCAGACAUCCUCCCAGGAAUCCUCAGCCACAGCCUCCCUACCCUCUUCCCAGUCUGAAUCUCUCUCCGCAUCCCUCUCUACAUCCUCCCCAGCCCCUGCGCUGCUCCCCGUUGACUCUGCGUCGAACCUCUACGUGCACCCCGCACCCCUCUCCACUCCGCUCGGCAUCCCGCGACUCUUCGUGUCCUCCGCGCACCGUCGCCUUGGCAUCGCCUCGCGCCUGCUCUCCGUAGCCGCGCAGACGUUUAUUCUCGGAUGUCCGCUCGACCCCGCCCGGGGCGAGGUCGCAUUCACACAGCCGACUGGGGCCGGAAAGGCCGUCCUCGAGACCUGGGGGCGGGGCGGCGUGCGUAUUUACGAAGAAGAGCAGAAUAUGUGA